AUGCCGCUGUGGCCUUUGCUGCUGGUUCUAGUUCCUGACAGAGGAGAGUCCAUGGUCCAACCACAAGCUGUACUGCUCCUCCAUCCUCCAUGGACCACAAUCUUCCAAGGUGAGGUGGUGACAAUGAUGUACUGGCUGAUUCUCCAGGCCCCACACUCUAUCUUUGAAGGCGAUAAAGUAAUUUCGAGAUGCCGGGGAAGGCAGGAAAAGAAAUCAGAAACGAUUUACCACAAAAAUGAAAGAAAAGUUGGUGUUUUUACAAGAAACUCAACUUUCUCCAUACCAAGAGCCAUCUCUAGCGACAAUGGCUUGUAUAAGUGCACUGCUUCUCAGAAAGGUUAUGUAUGGAAAAAAACUUCAAAUCUUGUAAGGAUCAAAGGUGAUGAGCUGUUUUUACUUCCUGUACUGUCAGUCAGCACCGCUAGGCCCACGGAGGGGAGCCUCGCGACCCUGACCUGUGAGACCCGGCUCUCUCCACAGAGAUCAGAUGUCCAGCUCCAGUUCCGCUUCUUCAGGGAAGUCCAGGCACUGGGGUCAGGCUGGAGCAGCUCCUCGGAGCUCCAGAUCCCCACCAUGUGGAGUGAAGACUCAGGGUCCUACUGGUGUGAGGCAGAGUCCAUGACUUCUCAUGUUCAGAAACAGAGUCAAAGAUUCCAGAUGUUUGUGCAGAGGAUCCCUGUGUCUAGAGUGCUCAUGGAGACCCAGCCCCCAGGGACCCAGGUGGUUGAAGGGGAGACUCUGUUCCUUGUCUGUUCUGUGGCUGAAGGAACAGGAAACACCACAUUCUCCUGGUGCAGAGAAAACAAAAAGGAGAGUCUGGGGAGGAAAACUCAGCAUUCCCAGAGAGCAGAACUGAAGGUCCCUGUCAUUAGGGAGAGCCAUGCUGGGGGAUACUACUGUACAGCUGACAACAGCCACGACCCCGUGCAGAGCGAGGUGGUGAAUAUCACUGUGAGAGUUCCAGUGUCUUACUCUGUCCUCACCUUCAGGGCCCCAGGGCCCCAGGCUGUGGUAGGGGAUGUGGUGGAGCUUCACUGUGAGUCCCUGAGAGGCUCUCCCCCAAUCCUGUACUGGUUUUAUCACACGCCUGUUACCCUGGGGAACAGCUCGGCCCCCUCUGGAGGAGGGGUGUCCUUCAACCUCUCCCUGACCACAGAACAUUCUGGAAGCUACUCCUGUGAGGCUGCCAAUGGCCUGGGGGCCAAGCGCAGUGAGGUGGAGACACUCAGUGUCACAGGUGGGUCGAGACUGACACAUAUUUUUGUGCUUUCCAGCCCAGAGGUCCAGGAGAAGAUCAACUCCAACUCACCUUCCCUGGUGCAGGGACUGGACCCUGUGUACAGUAAUGUGAAUCCAGUGUGUUUGGAUGUGAUUUAUUCCCAGGUCUGGAUUGUCCAUCAGGGACAGGAGAGUGCAGAGCACCCGGGAACACCUCCAGAAGGCAAGGUAGGUCUGAGUUCCCAGCUUUUCUUUCUCCGGGACUCGCUCUCCCUAAACAAAGUUGCUAAUUCAGUGCAUUGGACAAGUGGGCCCUCAGAGAACAUUAGCUUCCUGUCUCCUCUUGAGCUUUUUCCUCCUCAGGAUUCCUCCAUUGUCUAUUCCAAGGUGAAGCAGCAGCAGCUCCCAGGAGCCUCAGCUGAGCAGGCCAAGGCAUGA